AUGAGCUUACGAGGUCUCGCUGGAACCCCACCCAUGCCAGCGAUUGUGCAAGCCUUUAACGACUUGCCUGAUCAACCUCGGCUUCUCUCGGGCCUUGCUCCCAAUCGCUGGCAUAUCAGCAUCCGUCAUGUUGCGAUACCUCCAGAGGGCUACCUGGUCUUCAUCCACCAACCGGACUCUCACUAUGUGCACGUGGAAGGACCUCUCCCAGCAAAAGACAGCUCUGACGAGCAUCCACUGCAAAUUGACGGCCUGGAAGCAACCCUGAUAAUCGCAAGAAUGCUGCUAAACGGCUUCGUUAAGCCCCAGACCGGGGCGCCGCCGCUUGGACGGCCUUCUUCCUGGUUCACCAACGAUGAGGCAUUUGGCGAGAGGGUCACUGGCCUUUUGAGAUGGUUUGGUGUGCAGCAGGAGUCACUGUUACGCAUGUCUAAGGGAUGGUCAAAGGAAAAUGAAGAUGCUGAUGAGGACUGGAAUCGAUUGUUGAGGGUGCUAAUCAGCCGAACCAUCUAG